CUGAUUGCUCUAGGUAAGUCGAACUUUAUUGCAGAGCAAACUCCUUAAUCACUAGCGCCAUGUAGGUAGCAGAUCCAUCUUUUUCUAUUAACUUCGUCUUCGUUUUUUUGCCAUGUUUGCUCCCUUUGUCCUGGUCCUAGCUUUGGCAUCUGUUGUCCUCAGUAGUCCUUUGUGGCAGCGACGCGAGAUUCGUCGCAACGCCGAUGUGUCAUUGAGUAAUUGGGGUGGUUUCCAGUCCUUGAACGGGUUCGAUGAUUUCAAUGGUGUUGGUAACUUUGACGGAUCCAAUAAUGUUCAAACCGUUGUGGUCCAGGAGGAACAGACCGUCUGCGAAGUCCAGAGUAUUGAAGUCAUCCAACAAAAACUAGUUGUUCUUCGGGAGAUGGUAAAGAAAGUCAUUACGGAGCAAAUCUGCGAAGUAGAGGUUCAGACCAUCGUCCUUGAACAGUUCUCCUCUGGCAUUGGCAGCUUCAGCAGCGACUUGCUCCGCCAAUCUGGCCGGCAGGUUGGAUUUGAUAGCAAUGUUGCUAGCAAGAUUUCUCAGCUGGUCAAUGAAGAUGGCUCGCUCAGUUCUUCCGACCUUGGCUUCUCAGGUAGUGAUGUAGGCAAUAAUACGGUAGUGGCGGCAGGAUCCAACUGGAACAACACUACUUCGCCGUCUUCUGUGCAGAGUGCUUUAACAGCAGCCCAGGCAGCUGCAGGUUUUGUAUCUCUUCCCUCUCAGACUGCGUGAGCGCACUCAUUUGUUACACAAUUUCCCCCCUAUAAUGGUAUUGGAUGUUGCCUUAUAUAUCGUGGACUAUUCCUGGUCACCUCCUUUUACUCUUGGAUCCGAUAUAUACUCGUGUAUAUAAUGUUUCCCUUUUCCAAAUUGAAGACAGAGCAGGCACGAGAUACCCUUACGACAUACAU